CAUAACAGAAGAAAAAAAAUCCUGAAUCAAAGAAAAAAAAAGUAAAACCCUAAAUCUUUCCACAGCAGUAGCACAGUGUUCAGUGUGUAUGAACUAAAACUUUCCAAUUAUUUUGAUCAGAAUCAACAAACAAAAAUGAAAAAACUCGCCGGAGUCACACUCCGAUCAAUCACCAGUACCUUAUCAAACCGAACCCAUUUCGCCAAAUCUCUCGCAACAGCUGCUCUUACCGAUGCUGAUUACAAAGAAAAUUCCAACAAUAGUAAUGGUAAAGGUACUAAUGAGUCAAAUGAUGAGUUUGAGAAGAGAAUUUUUGGGGGAAUUUUUGGGAGUGGGAAUAAUCAAGCUAGUGAGUCGUUUUUUCAGAAGCUUGAUCGGCUUGAGAAGGCGCGGAACAGGCCACCACCUAGUUCUGGUGCGGCGAAUGAAGGAAAUAGUUCAAUUUUGGAUGGUUUAGAUGAGGGGUUUAACUCGUUAAACGAUGGAUUGGAUGGGAAAUUGAAGCGGGCUGCGACUUAUUUUGAGUUUGAUCCUGAGGAGGUUAUGAGGGAAGACUAUAGUUUUCGUCCUGAUAUGAGUUUUCGGCCUGGCUCGACUUAUGAGCUUAAGGAUCUUGAUCUUGAAAAACCCGCAGUGCGCAAAUUCUCAAAGAAAAAUGAAUUUACCGUUACUACAAAAGAAGCUCUGGAAAAAGCUGAUUUCCGGAAUGUUAGAUUUCUUGCAAACUUCUUAACCGAAGCUGGCAUUUUGUAUAAGCGGAGCAUGACCGGCAUAAGUGCCAAAGCACAGAGGAGGAUCGCCAGGGAGAUCAAAACAGCUCGAGCUUUUGGUCUACUGCCUUUUACGACAAUGGGGACAAAAUCAUUUAUUUUUGGCCAGACUAUGGAGAAUCUCCCUGAGGACUACGAAUAUCAGACUUUUGGUCCCCGCACGCCUGCUGGUGCUGGUGAUGAGGUUGAGGCAGACCCUCUUGAAACCUAGGAACCAUUUUAUGGUGAUGUGAAACUAGCUUUAAGCUCCAAUUGAGUUGUUGUGUAUGGCCCUUGUUGGGGUAUGAAAUUUUGAAAUUUUUUUAAGUUGAAUUUGUUGAAUUUAACAGUAAAUAAGUGAAUUGUACUAUUUUCAA